AUGUCUCAGAAUCUUUUUAUUGACACACAUAUAGAACUUCAUGAAUUAAAUACUGCCUUACAACAACUACAAGGAGAUAUAUUAGUAAUAAUACCUAAAGAUGAUAAUGUAGCUCAAUCGAUUUUCACUAAUACUCAAAUUGAAAAAUUUCAUAAAAUUUGGAAAAAAGACCCACCAUUGCAUCAUGAUGGAGAAA